AUGGAUCGGCAACCAAGUGGGGUAAUGGAUGUGACACCCAACGAGAAAGGAAACGAGAAACCCAAUUGUCUCGGAGUAAAGGUUGCUAGAAGGUGGAAGAUCCAUAGAGGAGAUCCACAGAGGAGAAAGGAUGUGACACCCAAGUGGGGUAAUGAUCCACAGAGGAGAAAGGAUGUGACACCCAAUUGUCUCGGAGAAAAGAAAAGACAAAGAGAUGUAUUCAAUCGGCUCACAACAUCUCUCCCAUUGAAGGAAGAACGUGCUGACCUAAAGAUGAAUCAACCAAAGUACGAAGAAAAAAUCGCAAAGCAAAGAAGCGCCUACUCACAAGAAAGGGCACCAGUUAGGCCCACAACUGAUGGCAAAGCCGUGCCCAGCCAGAGAGCAAUUCGAAAUUCAAAGUACAUUUUGGCCAAUGGAAAAUAUGAACCAAAACCUCAUGGAAUAAAGGAAAUACACACCAGAAGCAUCGAAGCUAGAGGCAGAGUGCCAAUCCUCCCACCACACAAGCUUUCCUAUGGGAGAAAACUAAUAAGUGCCCUGAUGCACUAA